AGAUCUCCGCGGGCCGGAUGAGAGGACCUUGCGGGCCGCAUCCGGCCCGCGGGCCGUAGUUUGGAGACCCCUGAUUUAGACCAUUAUUAGAUCUAUCAGGCCAGUAAUAAUGGUCCAUUAUUUUCCAUUUGUGGCAAUUAUGAAUAAAAAAUGUUUUAACCCAACCAACAUCAACAUUACAUCAGUCAUCAUUUCACUACUUUCAGCACUCAGCAGUUUUAGUUUAGUUAAAAAGGCAAAGUUCUACAUUCUACUCUACAACUAGAUCUAGAUCUACAGUUUUUUUAGGUUUUAAGAAGCAAGUUGACAGUCAUGGAUACUUCUUUGUUUAAUGAGAGAUCGUCAUCACAACUUAUUGCCAUGUUAAAAGAUAUUUGCAAUGAUAAAAUGGAAUCUACCUUGACAAGUUCACUGGAAAAAGCUUUACAGCUAUCGAAUUCUCUGAAAAACAUCCUUUGUCUUGAUUUACAGGAGAGAACUGAGUUAGAGCAUUAUGCAACAAAACUAUGGAAUAAAGCAGUUGUUCUUAAUGCAAAAAAAAAUGUUCAAAUACAUGCUUUUGCAAAGAUGCGUCAGAUCUCUUUUCAAGUUAUAUCCUUUGUAAGUGAGUCAACUACUGAUGUAAGGGACCUAAAGAAGCAAAUAGUUAUGGCACUGAAAACAGCCAGAGCUUGGAUAGAUUGUAAGGAAAUAGAUAUGGCAGACAAAGUUCUAAAUACUUUUAAUUUGUUAUUUGAGAAACUACAGCACAUUUUGAUUGAAAAGAAAAAUGCAUUACUUUUCUCUGGUGUAGUUGAAAAAGAAAAACAUGACCUGGAUAAAGACUAUUUUUGUUACCAGUGCCUUAAAGUUGAAAUGAGAGUUUUACAGUCUCAACACAAAGAAGCUUUCUUCCUUUUUGAAAAAGCAGAGGAAAUGUUAACACAAUUUCCUGAUGAGGCAGGGUAUUUGAGCAAACUCAGUUAUAAUUUUGGAGUUGACUGUUACCAGGAAAGACUCUUUGAAAUGAGCAUUACUUGGAUUAGAGAAAGUUACAAUUUGGGAAAGGAUGCUACAAACAUAAGCAAACAAAUGCAGGCUCAGACUUUACGGUUAUUAGCAAACUGUUAUAUGGAGUGGGGUGGUGAAGGAUGGCAGGACAAUGCUCUAAUUGCAAUAGAAUUAGCUAAUAAAGAGGAUUCCCAUGUUGCUGGUAUUUACUUAAAGUUUCAGUUGCUUCUGCUUACCCAAAGCUCAUUACAAACCAUCAAGCAAGCAUUGAAUGACCUUUUGAAUCAUCCAGAUUCUAAUAUGGAUUUAUUACUCAACGCUUUGCAGCUUGAAAAAAAGCAACCUAGUGAGGGUGCUGCAUUUGAUUUAAGACAAACCAUAAUUGCAAAGUUUGAGAUGAAGCCAGAUGUUGGGACGCUUGUUGUAACAAUGAUGGAUUUAUUCCUAAAAGAGUCUAAUACAGAUAAAGCUAAAGCAUUCACAGAAGAAUGUAUAAUAGCCCAUAAUUCUGGGCAUAGGUAUGAUGGAGCCACUGUUAAACGCCUUCAUAUACUAUUUUGGGCAAAAGCAGCACAGUUGUAUGAGAAUAAUAAUUUUGCUGAAGCUGUUGUGUGGUAUAAUUAUUCUCUCAGUCUUUACCCAUCCAUGUCUCAAAGUGAACCAAAUCUUGGAAAGCUGCAGAGAAAUUUGGCCACAUGCUACCUUCAUCUAGGGGAAACCUCUAAGGCUUUUUCAGCUAUUGAGUUGUCAGAGAGAUGUGAACCAGAUAAUGCUCAUACUUACUUCUUAAUGUUCAAAAUUUCUUUGGAGAUGGAUGACUUGACAAAAACUAUGGCAAGUUUAAAUAAACUUGUUGAGUGUGUAUCAAAGAACAAAAAUGAAGAUUCAAAUAUUAUAUGUCUAGCUGCCCAUAAUGCAUUAGAGCAAGAAAAACUUGAGUUAGCUAUACCAGCUCUAGAGAGUCUAAUAGCUCACAGUGUUGAUCAUAAAGUAGUAAUAACUGCUUUAAGAUGUCUUCUGCGACUACUUGUUACACAGAUGGAUGGAAAACAAAGUAUUAAGAAUGCAGUUGGUCAUAUUAGAACAGCUUAUAACAGACUUGUAGUAGCUCAAAAUAAGGGGGACAUAGUCUCAGCAGAAGUUCAGGAGGAAGCUUCUUGGUUUAUGAAAAUUGCUUGGAAUUUGGCCUUGAAUGCCAAAGAUAACUUGUCUCAAAUGAAAGAGCUUUUUAUUCUCUGUUUUCAGCUUCUAACAUUAUGUUCAGCUGAUAUUGCCAAUCAUAAUCGUAAACAACAUUGUUUGCUAAUGGCUUGUGCAGCUUGUCUAACAUUAUCAAGAGACGAGGACAACAAACCACAACAAACUGAUUUUCUUGAGGAGGUUUUAUUGCAUAUUGAAGAGUAUAAGCAAGAAGAAAGAAGAACUAAAAACUCCAUUUGGGCACAAGGUCUUCUACAAAGCUCAUCAGCUGCUGACAAAUUUUUGAUAAUAUAUGAAUUUGAAGCACUCACAAAAUUAAAUGAUCCAAAAGCAGAGUCUGUGUUAGAAAGAGCAUUGCUGUGUCCUAAUCCAGAUCCAAAGCUUUUCCACACUCUUGCAGCCCUUGCAAUGGAUUCUCCUGCCAAUAAUAUCAAGCUGUGUGUGAAAGCUCUCAAGGUUUCUAUCAGAAUGCACCUUACUUCAGAAAAGCCUGAUUACUCAAAAUGUAGUGCAGAUUUACGCAGCCUUAUUGAACUGGCAAUGAAAGAAAAUGAAGAAGAGGCAUUAACUUAUUUAAAAGAAACGUUUGAUGUUAUAGAAAAAGCUAAGGGUUGUUAUCCUGAAAUAGAAAUAGUAUGGCUGAUGACAAAGUCAUGGAAUUAUGGAUUACAGUAUUACAACUGUUGCAAAUUUACUGAGGCGGAACAGUGGUGCAGUUUAAGUGUAAGACUUUUGAAAUAUUUAUCAUCCACAAAAGAGGAAUAUGAGGAACAGAUGAUGUCACUGUAUGGUGAACUUCUAACUCGACUUGAAAGCCAUUCUGGAGGAGUCGAAGAAUAAAUCCAAGUAUCUUUCCUUGUCUUAUUAAAA